GUUGCCAUGGAGACAGCCGCAUAGAGCUGAAAAUCCGAGAGGGUUCUAGGCCUCUAGGCCUCUGGCGCAGCAAUAAUUCUGCAGCUGAGCCCCCGGCCGCUUCCCAGUGACCAUGCGCAACAGGCCAGUUUCUGCAAGACAUAACCGGAUUCCUGGAACACCUGAUAGUUUGCUGUGUAUAGUGCUUAUUAGUGGACCCUACUGAUAUCAAAUAGUUUAGAGGGGACUAGAUUCCUGCUAGUAGCACAGUGUUCUUGAACAAGAUGGCAGCCAUCUUCCCAGAGCCUACAGUUUGGGCACCAAGUGAACAAAGCAGGGUCCCUGGAGUGGAUACUCUUGGGGACCAAGAAACAAAUUUAAGAAGAGAUGCUGCUGAUCCAGAGUUUUUCAGGCGAAAGUUCAGGUGGUUUUGUUACUCACAAGAGGAGGGGCCCAGGAAAACCCUGAGUCAGCUCUGGGAUCUCUGCAUGCAGUGGCUGAGACCCGACAUUCACACCAAAGAGCAGAUGUUAGCACUGUUAGUGUUUGAGCAGUUCCUGACGGUUUUGCCUGGGGAGACAAGGAUUUGGGUAAAGUCGCAACAUCCUGAGAACAAUGAGGAGGUGGUGACACUGAUUGAAGAUUUGACCCAAACACUUGAGGAAAACGAAGAUCUGACCACUCAAGAGUCUGCUGUUUGCCAAGAGGACACAGGAGAAGAUAAGAUGAUGGCUGUUAUUCCAAAUACUGCACCCAGUGAACCCAUAACAUUUAAGGAGCUGGCUGUGAACUUUACCAGAGGAGAGUGGAAGAAGCUGGACCCUUCCCAGAAGGAGCUAUAUAAGGAAGUGCUGUUGGAAAACCUAAAGGACCUAGAAUUUUUGGGAGUUCCAGUUUCCAAAUUAGAUUUGAUUUCUCAGCUAAAGUGGGUUAAGUUGCCAAGGCUGCUGGAAAAAGAAAUUUCAAAAAGCCCCAGACCUGAGAAUGAGCCUAGAAGUGAACUGAAUGAUUUUAUGGAUGGCUUCACUUUGGAGAAAAUAAUAGAAAGCUGCUUCAAGGAUGAUGGUUAUGGCUUAAUGGCAGAAUUCCAGAAAUGUCACGGCAGAUCCAAGGAAGACUACAGCAAGCGAGGAACAGCCGCACAGAAGAAAGCUCACAGGAGAGAUCAUAAGGGUGAAGAAACUGACUCCGAAAAGAGCCCCUCUGGAAAGAAUGUCAAGCAAACUUAUGACAAAGCCAAACAUCUGGGAGCCUACUUAAAGAAGUCUGGAAAAUAUAAAGAAAGCAAGAAACCAUUCAGCUUUCAUUCAGAUCUUGUUCCAAACCGCAAAGAACAUAGUGCAGAAAAGUCACGGAAAUGCAGUGAAGGUGGGAAGGAUCCAAGUGACUCUUCAAAUCUUACUGAACAGAUGAAACGUCAGAAAAUAAAUUUAGCGGAUAAAACUCAGAAAUGCAGUAAAUGUGGGGCAGACUUUAUUCAAACCUCAUCUCUAAAGAAGAAAAGUUCUAAAUGUGGAAAAUGCCGUAAGAAGAAUUUACACCAAGACACAACCUCAAAUAAAGAUGAGGGAUCUGAGACUGGAGGAAAAACCCUCAAGUGUAAGAAAUGUGGAAAAGGCUUUGACUCGCUCACCAAAAAUAGAACUGAUACUGGAGAGAAACCCUCCAUGUGCAAUGAAUGUGGAACUGCACUGAGCAGUAGUAGUUCAUCACUCACACCACCUCCCAGAACUGACAGUGGAAAAAAGCCCUUCAAGUGUGAUGACUGUGGAAAAGGUUUCACUUUGAUUGCUUCCCUCACUAAACAUCAAAAAAUUCACACUGGAGAAAAAGCCUUUGUGUGUAAAGACUGUGGGAAACUAUGCAGUGAUAGUUCCUCACUUGUUCAACAUCAGAGAAUUCAUACUGGAGAAAAACCAUAUGAAUGUCAUGAGUGUGGGAAAUGCUUCAGCCAUAGCUCUUCCCUUGCCAAACAUCAGAGAAUCCAUACUGGGGAGAAGCCAUAUAAGUGUGGUGAUUGUGGGAAAGCCUUCAGACAGAAUUCUUGCCUUACCCGACAUCAGAGGAUUCACACCGGCGAGAGACCAUAUUUGUGUAAAGAUUGUGGAGUGACUUUUAGCCAUUUUAGCACUGUCAUUUACCAUCAAAGACUUCACUCAGGAGAGAAACCCUAUAAGUGUAAACAGUGUGAGAAAGCUUUCCCUACCCGUUCCCUCCUCAGUCGUCAUCAGAGAAGUCAUACUGGUGUGAACCCAUACAAAUGUAAAGAAUGUGGGAAAAACUUCCGCCAGAGUUCAUCUCUUAAUAAACAUCUCCGAGUUCAUACUGGAGAGAAGCCCUAUGAAUGUGAGCAUUGUGGAACAGCCUUUAGUCGGAGCACCAGCCUUGCAGAACACGUAAAACUUCACACUAGAAGUACAGUCUACGAAUGUGAUAUAUGUCGUAAGAUAUUUAAAGGUCAAUUGAGUCUUAAGAAACAUCAGGCAUCUCACUCUAAAAAAUAAUUCUUGGUGGUUGAGGGAAAGGGAGAUUAGUCCAGAUUGUGCCUUUAUUAAAAACUUGGGAUACAAACUACCAGAGUUGAUUAGUAGCUGCACCUUCAGUAGGUUGUCAAACAAGAUAAUUCUUCCUAUCCCCUCUCCCCCUGCUGUGAGGCUGGUAAGAUACAACUAGAGUUAGUAAGGUCACAUAGAAGUAAAGAAAGCAUGUGAAGUGAGGUGGUUCUAAAAGGCCAAACUUAGAUUUGGCCUUUUAGAACCAUCUUCAAUUUCCCUCUUUAGCUCCCCUUCCACUGCCAUAUAGUAUGAUGGAAAAAAACUUGACUCAUAAUCUAGUUUCUGUCCCAGUUUGCCAACCAAUUCACUAUAUUACCUCCUACAAAUCAUCUGACCCUUCUGAAUUGCAAUUUAUUUACUAAUAGAAUGAAGAGAUGGGAUUAAUGAUUGCCAGGUGUUUGUUGGUAUUUCUGAUGCUGUAAAAAUAAUUUGAGUAUAUUUUGAUUCACUGGAAUUCUCUUGCUUAUCUAAUAGACUACUGUCUUGUAAGAUAUUGGACUUCUGUGGUAUACAUUUUGAAUGUUUGAUGUAGGAAUCCCUAGAAUGUGAUAAAUAGCAACAGGUCAGGGAAGCUCAGUCAAGUUUGCCUUCAGGGAAUGUUAUAAUUAUACAAGUUACCCCAAUUUAUUUAUCUUUUGGAUAUUGCCUAAGUGAACUGAGAAUCCAGAGAACUUGGACCUGAGCCAACUCAGCCGUGAGAUUAACAGUCUUAGGAAAAUAGAAUGGGGAAAAAAACUAGAAGUAGCUAUUCAGGCAGAUAGAUUCUUAUUUUGUAAAAUGGAAUUAUAGUUUUCUUUUUCUUUUUUCCUUUGCACAGCUUCCUUUAAUUGCAGUAUAAGCAGUUUGUAUAGUAAAAGUAAGAAGAUAUUAGACGGAGUCAGAUUAGGCCCUUAGACAUAUUUUAGUUAGCAUGGUGGAGUCACUAUUUAAAAAAAUAGGAAAGUUCAUGUUUAAAAGAAAAUCACAGUUUGCAUUUAAACGUAAAGACUGGCCACAGAAUGCUCACCUAGUCCUGGGUAAUGUCUGCCACCUUUAGUUGGGGUGUCUACUCUUUCUUGCCAAGUUUUCUUUUACAUGUAAUCUGACUUUCCCUCUAUAAUGUAAUGUUUUGAUCCUCUACCAUCUGGAGAAUAUGGUACACUAAAAUCUAAAGAGACUCCACUGAUAACUAGUAAAUUCAGGAAAAGAAUGUAGAAUUAUCACAGAAAUAAGCUUUAGUUAUAUUUUCUUCUGUGAGAUUAGAAAUCAAAGGAGCGGAAUAUGCGGGUAUUGGUGGAUAUUACAAAAAUUUGAGGGCUGGAGAGAAGACUCAUCAGUUAAGUGCACUUUCUGCGUAAACACGGGGCCUGAGACUGCCUGAGUUCAAAUCUCCAGAUCCCAUGUAAAACAGCUAGGCUCCCACAGGGGAGAGGAGACCAGGGAAGCAUUGGAGCUCCACAAGCUCCAGAAUCAGUAAAAAGAGACUCCAGCUGCAAACAAGACCGCGUGGGAAAGCAGUGGACCAGGACACCCAGCAUUCUACUCUGGCCACUGCAGGCAAUUGACCCCCACCACAGGCAAGUGUCUGGGGUCAUCACCACAAGUACACAUGCAUGUGCAUACACCACCCAAAAAGAAAUUCAUUCUCUGGAGUCUAAGUAAUAACUCUAACUGCCAAAGGAACUGAAGACCCUAAGUGAGUCAGUCUGGAGCUCGGGUCAUUGGGUUCCCUAGGGGCCUCACUGGCUGAACCAUGGUAUAUAAACAAGAUCCUAAGGCUGAAAUUUGAAUCAUCUCAUAAAAAGAGAGCUAACUUAGAAAACUUGGGGCCUAUGGGUGUGGAGGAUUCUUAAUGCUGAUCUAAGGACUCAGGAACACUUGUGAUUGAAUGUGCUUAGGUUUGAAAUGCUACCUCUGGAUAUAAGGCUUUGGUUGCUUCCUGGUGCCUCCUUCCCCACUCUUUCCAAAGCCUGAAAUUCAGAUAUAGAUGUGUCAUAAAUUGUUCUGCAUAAGUAUUAUUGAAUGGACCAAUCAAACACAUGAUAGCUGUGAAAGGAAAAUGACUUCUGAGAAUAUACUGGCUUCAGGACUUUUCUGAAAGGAUAUAAUUGAUUAGAAAAUUAAAUACAUAAAACUAUUCUUGAGAAGGUUCACUGGUUAGGAUCCCCAACUUUCCUAAAAGAAUGUUUUAUUCUAAUACUGGUUGGAAAUUCAAAACACGAACUUCCUGACUUUACUGAAGGAUUAAUAGCAUGAUCAAAAAUAUUUCAAGUGUAUAACCAGUGAAUGCUAACAAGUUUACUGGAGUACUUACUGGGAAUCCUAUUCCCAUUUACAAUACUCCCUUCUCAUCUCUGACCCCAGAUCUACUUUAUAGAUUGUCCCUUUCUAGACAUUUUAUAUUGGUUUUUAGCAUGUUUUUAAGUUUACAAAUGUCAUUGCAUACAUUCAUUCUUACUGUUAGGACAUUCUAAUUGAUUAGUGGUAAAUAAUAUUAUGUCAUAUGGAUACUUUAUCCAUUUAUCCUUGAAAGGACAUUUGGGUUCAUUUCCCCUUCCAUUUUUGUAAGGAACAAUACUGUGAAACAUUAAUGUAUAAGUCUGUGUACAAUUAUUAUAAUUCUUUUGUUAGGUGUCUAUGGGUGGAGUUGCUAGGCCAUAUAGUGAUUUUUUUGUUUAACUUUUUUAAGAAACUAUCAAGUUGCUUUCCAAAGUGGUGACAUUAUAAAUUUUAACAGGUUUUAAAUUCUAAACUUUUUAAAUCGUAGUCACCCUGGUGGUUGAAGUAGCAUUUCUUUGUGGUUGUAAUUUUCAUUUUCCUGAUGACUUGUCAAUUAUGUGAUAUUUAGCCUUUCAUAUAUCUUGUUUGGUAAAAUGUUUAUUCAAAUCUUUUCUCCACUUAAAAGUUGGAGGAUUGUUAGUUGAGUUACAAGUUCUUUAUCUGGAUACAAGUCAUUCAUCCAGUCUGAGCUUUGUAGCUCUGUGUACUAACUAGAGAGGGAAGACACAAGCCCUGCUGCAAAGUGCUUAUCAAGAAUAAGCAGGGGCUGGGGAGAUGGCUCAGUGGUUAAAGGUGCUUGCUUGCAAAGCUUCACAGCCUGAGUUUGAUUUCCUAGUACCCACAUACAGCCAGAUGCACAAAGGUGCUCAUGUAUCUGGAGUUCAUUUGCAGUGUAGGAGGCUCUGGUACACCCAUGAUUACUCUCUUUCUGUCUAUCUGCCUCUCUCUCUCUCAUGAAAAUAUUAAAAAGAGAAAAGAACAAAUACAGCUGCCUGAGGUCCAAUCUGGCCUCUCAUUCACAUACUUAAAUUUAUUUUUGGAUUAAGUUAGGUCAUCAAAAGUUUUAAACUACUUACUCCUCAUAGAACUGUUUGUUAAAGUUUCAUUUAAUACUUUUUACUUGUUUAUGUUGAGCAUUAAAAUCAGCCCUGUGACACAUUUUAAAACAAAGGCCUUAUUUUAAAAAAUGUUCCCUAAUGAAGCCGGGCGUGGUGGCGCACACCUUUAAUCCCAGCAGAGGUAGGAGGCAGAGGUAGGAGUAUCACCACGAGU